AUGGCACCGCAGUCCCGGAAGCGCAAGGUUUCGCCGACGACGGUGCCCGAACCGAAGCGGAACAAGAGCCCACACAAGGCGGACAGCCGGCCGAAGGCGCGUGCGAGGGCGAGCGGAAAGCCCCGGAGCAAGAGCAAAGCUGCUCCCGCCCGGCGCGCCGUGCUGGAUCCCUCCGCUCUUGCCUGGCAACCGGUGGGCGAGGACUUUGGCGGACUGCAGGUGCUCUCCGGCGUGGACGUGGUCAGGGAUGGCGAAGCGGUCCGGUUCCUCGUCAAGAGCGACGAGGGCGACGAGGCAGACGGCCCGCCGGUAGUGUCUGGCGGCCAAGAUGACGACGAGUCUUUUGAGGGGUUCGGCGAGGUUCCUGCGGCGAGCGGGGCUCUCGACGCCCGCGAAGCUGGCAAUUCUCAAGAUGGUCUGGCGGGCGAGGCACGUCGCCAGGAGGUUCCGGAGGUUCCGGAGGUCGCGGGGGGCAAGGCCGGCGCGCGCCGUGAGGCGCGAGACCAGAACGACCGCCGCGCGCGGAGGGACGCCAGGCGGCGCAAGGUUGCGGACAAGGCGGCACAAACGCCCGCUGCACACGGGGCCGGCAACGAGUUCACGGCGCUGGCGGCGCUGGCGGACGAAGAAGCCGAGGACGACGACGGCGACGUCGACGUGGGCGCGUGGAUGGCGUUGAAUCUGUCGCCGUGCUUGGUGUCGGCGGUUGCGCGGCUGGGCUUUGCGAAGCCGACCGCCAUUCAGGAGAAGUCGAUUCCGGAAAUCGUUGCCGGCGCAGACGUGAUUGGCAAAGCGCAGACCGGGUCUGGCAAAACACUGGCUUUUGCGCUCCCCAUUGUCGAGAAGUGGCUCGAGAUGCAGGAGGGGCAACGGGGCGAGGGAGGGGAGGACGCGGAUGAGCCGCCGAGGGGGGGGAGCAGAGGAGGCCCGAUGGCUGUGAUUCUCAGCCCGACGAGAGAACUGGCCAAGCAGAUCGGCGACCACAUCAAGGCCGUGUGCGACGGCCUCGCCGCGUCCCCGUAUGUCUGCGUUGUCACCGGAGGGUUGAGCGUCCAGAAGCAGCAGCGCCAGUUGGAGACGGCAGACGUCGUGGUCGGCACCCCGGGCCGCCUGUGGGAGGUGCUCGACGGAGACGCCGGGCUCCAGGAGCAAUUCACCCGGAUCAAGUUCCUGGUCGUCGACGAGGCGGACAGGCUUCUCAAGGCCGGGCAGUUCAAGGAGGCGGAGAGCAUCGUCGGCGCCCUGGACCGGGAGAGCCCUGAGGAGGAAGAGGACGGAUGCUCCGACGACGGCUCCUCCCGCGCACAAGACGAAGCCGGGGACCGGCGACAGACGUUGGUGUUCUCGGCCACGUUCGACGAGAACCUGCAGACCAAACUUGCUGGCAAGGGCAAGGGCAAGGGCAAGGGCAACGGCCCCAAGGCCGGGAGUGACGAGGAAAAGAUGGCGUAUCUCAUCAAGCGUCUCAAGUUCCGACGAGAGCCCAAGUUCGUCGACGUCAACCCCGCGAGCCGGAUGGCAGAUAAUCUCCGCGAGGGGCUGAUUGAGUGCGGAGCCAUGGAGAAGGAUCUCUACCUUUACACAGUACUCUUGUUGAACCCUGGCCGUCGAACGCUGGUCUUCACAAACUCCAUCUCUGCCGUCCGCCGAAUCACACCCCUCUUGCAGCACCUCAACCAGAACGCGCUGCCUCUGCACUCGCAAAUGAUGCAAAAGGCUCGCCUGCGGUCGCUGGAAAAGUUCGCCGCAGAACGGAGCACCAUUCUCGUAGCCACCGACGUCGCCGCCCGAGGUCUCGACAUCAAGGACGUAGAUCAAGUCGUUCACUAUCACGUCCCGCGUGCGGCAGACACUUACAUCCAUCGCUCGGGCCGCACAGCCCGUGCUGACCGCAGCGGCGUCAGCAUCAUCCUUUGCUCGCCGGAUGAGGUCCUUCCCACCAGGAGGCUUGCCGGCAAAGUCCAUGCUGAGCGGUGCUCGUCCGGCCAGAAACAGCACGUGAUUGAGAGCUUGCCCAUCGACAGAAAGAUUGCCUCUCGCCUCAAGCCACGCCUGGAUCUGGCCAAGAAGAUCACAGACGCAAUCCUGGCCAAGGAAAAGAGUCACAGUAACGAGGUCUGGCUCCGGAACGCUGCCGAGGAGCUGGGUGUCGAAUAUGACUCUGAGGAAUUCGAGGCCACUGCGUCGAGUGGUUGGGGUGGAGGCAGCAGAGGCGGUGGCCGACGGAGGAAGGAGAAGGAGGCGAAGGCCUUGACAAAGGCCGAGAUGGGUGCGUUGAAGGCCCAGCUGAGACAAGAGUUGAGCCAAAGAGUGAAUCUGGGUGUGAGCGAGCGGUACAUCACUGGCGGUAGGGUGGAUGUUGCACAGCUGUUGAAGGAGAGGGAGAGUUCUGUCCGUGGUAUUUUUUUGGGCGGUGACAAUUUGGGGCUGGACAUGGGUUUGUGA